UAAGGAGAAAUUACGCAUAACUGCCCAACCCUGACAAAAAAUAGUUUGUAGGCAACUUCAAACCAUUGACACUAGUUAAACCGAUUUUCAUAUUUGUGUUUACAUAUUAAUAUGAAUAAAAAUUUCAUUUAAAUAAGAUAUUUUGUGAAAGAUUAAUAUAAUGUCUUUCACUGAAACGACAAAUUUAAGAAACAAAUUUAAAUUUCUCAAUUGUACAAAACAUGAAUUACUUUAAUUUCUGUUUUCAUAAAAAAGUUCAUCCCCUUUUGGAUCAAGAUCUCAAAAAUCGAAUAGAAAAUCUCGAGAAAAUUAUUCUUUCCCUAAGACCCGAUGGUAAAAAUAUUAAAUCAGUGAGAAAUAAAAGUUUACAGUCUCUCAUUAAAAUUCUUCAGCAAUCAUCACAAAAUCAAUUACAAUUGGAAAAUCCCAAAAUUAUUAUCAAUUGUUCUCUGAAAAUUCUCUCUCAAUUCGAUGAUAGUUUCUGGUACAUUGACACGUGUGGAUGGAAACGUCGUAAACGUUAUCAAGCAGCAAAACAGUGUUAUAUUCAUCUUUUGAAAAUAUUUAUUCCAAUAAAAUGUCAACAAAUCGUUGAAAUUGUCAUUAAUCAUCUCAAUGAUGAAAAUCUUUGGCAAAUUGAAGAUUUAUGUUCGGAAAUAAUUUGGGAAUUAAUUGAAUCAGGUGCACAUGGUGCAAUUGUUGCACAUGCAUUGUGCGAUAAAGUUGAAGAACAAAUUUCAUUAAUUAAUAAUGCACGAACAAUUAUAAAAACACUCUAUGAAUUACUCGCUAUUUAUAAAUGGCCACAAACUGAAGAAACUGUUAUUUUUAUUGAAAGACUAUUGAAACUUUAUCUCAUGAGUUUACAAAAUCGUUCCGAUGCAUUUACACGUGGUUUUGAACUUUGCAUUCGAUAUCUUAUAAAACAAACAUCAAAUUCAUUGAUAUUAAUUUUUAUUCAUCGAAUGUGUUAUUGGGCAAUUAAUGAAAAUACAAAAAAAUAUUCAAUUUUAGAUUUUGGCAGUACAUUAGAAUAUGCGGCUUAUAUGCAUGAAACUGAUCUUUUUGAAAAUACUUUGACAGACGAAAUAUUUCCUCUUGUUGUAAAAAUGAUAAAAUCAUCAAAUCGUCUCGUUAGUCUUCUUGGUAAUCGUGUAAUGCAAUAUCUUAUUGAUCGUGGAAAAAAUCGAUUUCUCUUUGAUACGCCAAAGAUUUUUUUUCAACAUUCUCGAUUUCAUUUAAAUAAUCGACCAUAUCGUAUGGAGGAUAAGGCAUUUUUAAAAAAACAUCGUGAAGAUAUACACGAAUGUCUAUUGAUGAGUGUCAUUAAUCAUUGUUCAUAUCGAUUAAAUUUAGAAACAACAUAUUGUACAAUAUGUUUAAUUGCCGUUGAAAUUCCUUGUGGAUUCACUGCAGCAUCAUUGGCAUGUCUCACUAUGACAAUACAAGAUAAAAUAAUGUCACUAGGAAAUUUUCAUCGUGAAUCUGUUUAUCAUGUUCAUGUUUUAAUAAUUUCAAUAAUAUCACUUUUAUGCUGGUUACAUCAAGCUGAAUCAUUUUAUGAAUAUGUGAAUAAAAUAAUUAUGGAGAGAGCACAAUGGGCACCGUAUUUAAAUCCACCAAUUCAAUCACGUUAUAAUUUUGCCACACAUCAUGUACGAUGGGAGAAACCGGAACUUUUUUUCAUCGAUUGGGAAGUACGUUAUGGACUAUGGAAACAUUUUCGUCUACGUCAGGAUUCGAAAAAAAUUAUUAAAACAGAAUGAAAUG